CGCUUCUAUAAGCGGGCCGAGGCAGAGAAUGUCGAUUACCAGAUUCGCCACGAGUUCACAGACGCCUCCCUCUUUCGCGGACUUUCCCUUGAGCUGGCCAAGGAGGAUGACAAGGAUGUGCUCAUGCGCCUGCCAGAAGUCAGCAGGGUUUGGCCCGUUGUGACCAUCUCGCGGCCUAGUCCUGUUAGCCUGGUCGAUCUUACCGAGUUCGACGGUAGCGUCGGCAGCCCUGGUGAAGGGUACUCGACAGACAUCGUCCGGGAUAAGGAUUACAAGAUUGACGACAACCUCAAGAUGGCCGGUGUCGAUCGCCUUCACGCGCUUGGGGUCAAGGGCAAGGGUGUCAAGAUUGCCAUCAUUGACAGCGGUGUCGACUACAACCAUCCAGGCCUGGGCGGCGGCUUCGGCCCCGGCAAAAAGGUUGCCUUCGGGCGCAACUACGUCCUCGACGACGGACAGGGCGGACUUGACGAUCCAAUCGCCACAUGCUCAUCAGGCGGACACGGAUCGCACGUCGCGGGUAUAAUUGCAGGCGAAGACCCGGACGACUUUGGCUUUGGCAUGCUCGGCGUCGCCCCGGAAGCAACACUCGGCAUGUACCGCAUCUUUGCCUGCAACGGCGUCGCCUCCAGUGAUGUCGUGAUGCAGGCCAUGAUGGACGCCUACAACGACGGUGUCGAUAUCGUGUCCAUGUCCUUGGGCUCGGACAGUGGUUUCGAGGACGCCGAUCCCUUCGGCCAGAUCAUCACCAACGCCAAGAGUAGAGGCAUCGCCACCAUCAUCGCCGCGGGCAACAGGGGUAAUCUGGGCCCGAUGCUCACCAGCUCACCAGCCAUUGCGCCGGAUGCGGUGGCCGUCGCGUCGCUUGACGGGGCCAAGUAUCCUACUACGUACAAGAUGCAGGGGACGAGCAGCACUGGCAAUGGCAGCAGCGAGUGGCGGUAUGGUAGCCUAUGGCCGCUCGAUGGCGAGUUCCCCGUGUACGCAUCAGCCGACUACGACGAGAGCACGGGCUGCGAAUACGCUUCCAUCCAGAAGGCGGCCCAGGCCGUCGGGGUGAACGUGUCCUCCACCUUGUACAUGGUUCGAAAGACGUACCUCUGCGAUCUGAGCUUGCCUCUUACCAACGCACGCUCCCUGGGUUUCAAAGGAGUCGUGGUCUGGAGGGACCAGGAGCUGCGCAAUCCUGCCGACAACGACUACCAGAGCUCCGGGCCGGGUGAUUUCAUCAUACUUUCCAUGGACCACGUAGAUGGGCCCAAGCUGUAUGCCGCAGUCACUGCAGCUGGCCCAAUUUUCUACAGCGCCCAGUUCUCGGACCGCCGCUUCCUGUCUGUCGAUAAUCCAAGUGCCGGCUUCACCAGUAACUACUCGACUAUGGGGAACACCUGGGAGUUCAGCGUGUUCAAGCCUACCAUCUCCGCACCCGGCCACCUCAUCCUCAGUGCUUGGCCCUUGUCGGUUGGUGGGUACGCCAUCAUCUCCGGCACAUCAAUGGCCACCCCAUUCGUGUCCGGAUGUUACGCCCUCCUGAAGUCGGCAUACCCCAAUCUCAGCGUCGAUGAGAUGACCAACCUGUUCACCACAACGGCGCAGCCGUCAAAGUGGUGGGGCGACGACAGGAUCACGCACAGCGUUGCCCACCAGGGCGCGGGCUCUAUCAACGUCUGGAACGCGUACAACAGCAGAGGGACCAAGUUUGACCAGAGCGUCGUGCUGGUCGGACAGGGCGCGCAGCCAGUCACUAAGAACAUCACCUUCACCAACACGGACCUUGAGGGAAACAGCAAGACAUUUGAGAUCAGCCAUGUACCGGCCGGACUGAUGCAGCGAACGCCGUAUGCAGACCUCAACGUGGUGGGGAACAUGGUGUACGGGUUCCCAUCGAAGCCCAUAUACGCCACCGUCGACUUUGAGACCCCAACCCAGAUCGUCUUGGCGCCCGGAGAGUCCGCCACCGUCUCCUUUGUCGUGACGCCGCCAUCGGGGCUCGAUCCCGAUACGGUACCCAUAUACUCUGGCUAUAUCCGCCUGGUUGUCUCUGGAGGUGGAGGCGACGUGUAUACACUGCCCUACCAAGGCCUGACCUAUGUCGUCAACGAGGUUCCCGUGCUGGAGCGCGCCCUUAUCGACGACAACCCACAAUUGCCAGCUAUGGGCCACUUGUCAAGUGGAGGAGGCGCGAUAGAGUACAACACCGAGGACGUGGUUACUUAUAAUACGACGGCUGGCGAGUACGUAACUAUGACCUACUUCGCCCGCCAGCCGACCUACGUCUACCGCGUCGACCUCGUGGCAGCGAACAUUACAUUUGAGCCUACAUACUACGGCUUCAACGCAUCCCAUGAUUUCGAGACUACUACACCGAUCUUACCUAUCGAUAAUACGUUUGGCGGCGUUGAAUCCUUUGGGCUGCUCUUUGGUAGCUACUAUAUGGACCCAACCUUCCAUAUUCUCUCCUGGUGGGGCGGCUUGGUUGAUUCGGAUAAUAACGAUUAUCUCGUACCACCCGGCGACUUCCGCUUACUUCUGCGCCUCCUACCUGUUAGUCGGGAUUAUGACAAUCCGAAAGACUGGACAAGUUGGCUUGGUCCGGUCCUACGUAUUACGGGCCCUUAAGACAGAGACGCAAUUAGAGCUAUCAGACGCAGAAAUUGCAGGAGAACUACUGCAGAGCCGGAGAUGGAGGCAUAGGAUCAUCUUCCGAGACAACACGUGCUUGAAUCGCUUCGCUUUUGGUGAAUCUAACCUUUCUUAACGUGAGGCUCACUGCACUGUGUCUUGGAAGAGAGCAGCACCGGUUUAUCAAUAUUUUAGGUAGUGUCGGGCCCGAUUAUGGCUUCGCCGGCGAUUUUGCAGGAUACGCGGGCAAGAGGAAGACUAAUUAUGAGGCUCUUAUGAAAGAGGACCUUUGCAAUAGCUUCGAGCGUAAUAUCGCCCGCGAGUUCACCUGUAUGGUAGAACGUGGAGUCACUUUAACUAAGGUCGAGCGAGAAGCUCAAUUUAUUGACAAUCGUGUGAACCCGAGUCUGUACUCAACGUUGAUAUUGAGUCCAGCGUAUGUCAGCAGGUGGCUCUCAUGACUGAC